AUUCUCUGCUGGUUACAUUAUCAUUGACGCUCGUUUGACCUUCUCAAUUCGAAACGUAGCAAUCAUGUCUCUCCAAGACGUGUACCAGAAAUUCCUUUCUGACCCCAGGUCUGCUUCCCUGGCUUCCGAUAUUGCGCUGAUCUAUAUCACCACGACCACCAGGAUUGAUGGCGCCGAGGCCGUGGUCAAGCACCUCGCCAGACAGGAUCAUAUCCUCAAAAGAAAGUCCCAGCAGGUGAUUGAUACGGUCGAAGGCUUGAACUCCCUGUCUCUAGAUGUAGACACCACCGUGGAAUUUGUCUCUGGUGGCGGACCGUAUCUCCCCGCGCUGGACGAUAACUUCCUGUCCGACCGCAUUGCGACUUUCCCCACGGUUCAUAUCGUUCGUUUCAACUCCCAGAACCAAAUUCAGCAGGUUAAGGUCUACUGGGACCAAGCGUCGCUUUUGAAACAGGUCGAAGUGAUCGGCUCGCGCAGUCGCGGUUGGCCCAUUCGCGAUGCAAAAGAUCAGGUUAGAUUGAUCAAGACCGCCGCUUCCUCCGCGCCGGUGGAUAAUGCCCCAGCGCCCGUGCCCACGCCCGCGCCCGCGAACAAGCCCGAAGAGAAUGGCGACACAUACGACAAAGUUAUUUCUCCUAAGAGACGCAUCAAGGACCCGUACGCGGCAGAGUCUCUGGAAGAACUUCUCUCCCCUGGCAAGGACCGAGCGGAACCAGUGCGUGCCCCUCGUGCUCCAGCAUCCGCUAAGCCUCCCCAGCGCGAUCUGGGUGAGCUCUUCGGAAAUCACGAUGAUAUCGAUAUUCCUGGACCAUCCUCCUCCAGCGCCACGCCGGUCGCUCCCAAGGUCGGUGCGGGUAAGAACUACCGGGCUUCGCGCAUCUUUGAUGAUGACGAGACCGUCGCUGCCCAAGACAAGCCCCAGCCGAUCGCUUACAGGGCUCACCCCAAGCGCUUCGAUCAUUUUGAGCUGGGCGCGGACAACAGUAACCGUGAGAUUAAACCGAAGGUCUCGCGCCCAGUGUCGAGCCAGGGCAAGGGAGCCCAGUGGAAAUUUGAGGACUUCUCGACUCCUGAGAAGCCUACACGCCAGCUCCGGGGCCAAGAGCUUCGUAGUUUCGGUAUCAGCGACGAGGAGCCAGAGACACCCUCAGCCAAGCCUCGCGUCCAAAGCCGCCGUGAUGCGGAAACCCACUUCAAGUUGACAGAUGAUACCGGCGAUCAGAGUUCAGGCCGAAUAAUCAGUUCGUUUCAGAACAAGGGCCUCAGCCUUUACAAGAACCACCUGUUCGGCGAUGAAGACGAGCCCGCCAAGCCGUCGUCCCAGGAUAAGUCCGUAGCCCAGAAAGGCCCAUCCCGCAAUAAGGACCUCGAGACUCACUGGACCAUCACAGAUGAAUCACCAGCGAAAAGCAAGGCCGACGAGAACAAGAAGCCCAUCGCGGCGGACCGACAGCGGGCAGUCAAAAUGUUGGAGCCGUCAUGGGAAUCCUAUGAUCAAUCUCCGCAGCCGAGCAAGACCGUUCGUCCUCCUCCACAGCGCCGCCAAUUGCGAAGUGUCAACGAGAGAAGCUGGAGCCUUGGCCAUAAUGAGUGA